AUGCUGGGGACCAUGGCAUGGAAUGCAACUUGCAAAAACUGGCUGGCAGCAGAGGCUGCCCUGGAAAAGUACUACCUUUCCAUUUUUUAUGGGAUUGAGUUUGUUGUGGGAAUCCUUGGAAAUACGAUUGUUGUUUAUGGCUACAUCUUCUCUCUGAAGAAUUGGAACAGCAGUAAUAUUUAUCUCUUUAACCUCUCUAUCUCUGACUUCGCUUUUCUGUGCACCCUCCCCAUGCUGAUAAGGAGUUAUGCCAAUGGAAACUGGAUAUAUGGAGACAUGCUCUGCAUAAGCAACCGAUAUGUGCUUCAUGCCAACCUCUAUACCAGCAUUCUCUUUCUCACUUUUAUCAGCAUAGAUCGAUACUUGAUAAUUAAGUAUCCUUUCCGAGAACACCUUCUGCAAAAGAAAGAGUUUGCUAUUUUAAUCUCCAUGGCCAUUUGGGUUUUAGUAACCUUAGAGUUACUACCCAUACUUCCCAUUAUAAAUCCUGUUAUAACUGACAAUGGCACCACCUGUAAUGAUUUUGCAAGUUCUGGAGACCCCAACUACAACCUCAUUUACAGCAUGUGUCUAACACUGCUGGGGUUCUUUAUUCCUCUUUUUGUGAUGUGUUUCUUUUAUUACAAGAUUGUUCUCUUCCUAAAGCAGAGGAAUAGGCAGGUUGCUACUGCUCUGCCCCUUGAAAAGCCUCUCAACUUGGUCAUCAUGGCAGUGGUAAUCUUCUCUGUGCUUUUUACGCCCUAUCAUGUCAUGCGGAAUGUGAGGAUCGCUUCACGCCUGGGGAGUUGGAAGCAGUAUCAAUGCACUCAGGUCGUCAUCAGCUCCUUUUACAUUGUGACACGGCCUUUGGCCUUUCUGAACAGUGCCAUCAACCCUGUCUUCUAUUUUCUUUUGGGAGAUCACUUCAGGGACAUGCUGAUGAAUCGACUGAGACACAACUUCAAAUCCCUUACAUCCUUUAGCAGAUGAGCUCAUGAAGUCCUACUUUCAUUCAGAGAAAAGUGAGGUGCUUGUGAAACAGAUUGUUCUACAGAU